AGAGUAGGUUGUAGGCAUAUUCCCUAUAAGUGAACAAAAUGAUGAAGAAGCUGCUGCUCAUGUGGGGGAAAAUGAGCAAGAUAGGGAGUGUCGGAAUAGGAAUGACCAAGAUAGGCAGGCUAGGAAUAGAAAUGAGCAACAGACAGAGAGUGACAGAAGAAAUGAAGCAGAGGUAUGGCCACGUGAUGAAGAUGUUUCAGGGAGCCGUCAAUUGAUCACUUACAUUCUUCCUGAAGGCGAAAAAUCUGACAUGUGCAUUGAUGCUAUUUCAAAAAAUGGACUUCAAUGUGAUAGUAGCUAAACACAUUGAUAGAGUUCAAGAAAUCAAAAAGAGUAGUCCUAAAACUGUUGAAGCAGAUAUUGCACCUGAACCAUCUAGUCCUAAAGCAAAUGAACCAGAGAUUGCACCUGAACCAUCUAGUCAUGAAACUGGAGAACCAGAGAAUGCACCAUCUCCAUCUCCACCUCCACCUCCACCUCCAUCUCCAUCUCCAUCUCAAGCUCCAUCUGAAUUUGAUAUGUUUAGUAUGGACUUCUGGACUGAUGAAAUUCUUAGGGAAGUCGAAGAUAUUGUUUCCAAUUUUACGGCAGUGAACAAGAAGAAAAUCUUAAAGAAUGACUAUCCAAGAUUUAAUGAAAUUCCUUCAUGUUCACAGCCAAGAGAGGAGCAGGAACAAGUUGGAGAAGGAUUAGAGAAUUUGCAUGUUUAA